AAUGCAUCAAAUUGUAAGUAGUGUCGCUUAUACCAAGUGCCUAUAUUAACCGAGAAAGAUUUGCGAGGAAUAAUAAGCUGUAUGUUGCGUAGGAUAGUAAAAUUAGAUAUUUUGCAAUACAUAGGCGUAGCCAAAAACGGAUUACAAUGAACCUUAAGAAGAAAAGUGAACACAUAACCAUGGAAAUGCUCCUUAUUUCUGUCCUCUGGAUAAUUUUCUUAACACAUAUAAAUGGUCAAAGGAUAACCUCCAUCAACAUCACAAUGAAAAAUAUCACCAAAACGGAAGGGGCGUCCGCCGAAUUCAACUGCGAUGUACUUGGAGACAAUUUAACUGACUAUAAAUGGUUUAAAAACGAUCAGGAAAUUUCAAUGGAUGAUGGUCGAACUACCAUAUUGCCCAAUCAGAAGGGUGGAAAAUUAUCCAUCCAAAACUUGAAUUUGCAAGACGUCGGUUGGUACACUUGUCAAGGCAACGAUGGUAAAGAAAACAUUCAAACGAAAGGAUUCCUCAUGGUUAAGACAGCUGAUUGCUACAGGAAUACGCUGGGGCGCUGGUACAUCGGCAAAGUGAAUAUAACGAUAUCGGGAAGAGUGUGUCAGCCUUGGGGGACACAGACUCCUCACAGACAUAGGUUUGGCUGGUUAUACACUGAGAAAAACUACUGUCGUAACCCGGAUGACGAAUCAGUGGGUCCAUGGUGCUACACAAUGGAUACAUACAAGCGUUGGGAAAGUUGUGGACUAAAGAAAUGCACUGAUGAAUUUGACUUGUGCUCCUCCAUGCCGUGUCAAAAUGGUGGCACAUGUAAUAGUAUUGAACUGAACGAUAAUAGCAAAAAACUUCAAACGUAUAACUGCACAUGUCGACCAGGAUGGACAGGGAAAACCUGCAAGGAAAGAGUUCCAUGGUCGGCGUGUAACAUCUCACCUUGUAAAAACGGAGGGACGUGUAUUGAAAGUAAGACCAGUUUCACUUGUCGAUGUCCCUCGGGAUAUAUUGGACCCACCUGUGGAAUAAGCCUGAAAACUGAUCUCUGUGACUCCCAAAAUUAUUGGAAUCAUUAUGGCAAUCAAUGUUAUAAAGUUUUUGACACAAAGCUGUCCUGGGAAGAUGCUGUAAACAUGUGCAGAUUUAUGGAUGCUGAACUACCAGUCGUUAUGAAAGCAAAUAUUCAACAAGCACUGACCAAUAUAUCAUCUAUUGUGCAAGCAGAUUUGUGGACAGGAAUAACAUCGCACCAGGGGGUGUGGGUUGACAGCCAAUACAAGAGUGUGAAUUUGCCAAAGUUUUACUGGACUUUUGGGGCAUCCGUCAGUCCAACCAACGACACCUGUAUUGUUGUAAAAGAAAGUAAAGACUCAUUGAACUGGGUAACGCAAGACUGCAAAUUGAAAAACUUUUUCGCCUGUUCAAGACCCGAAGGUACCUGUCCAUCCGGAUGGGUAUUCCAUCAGCGUAUCUGUUAUAAGUAUAUCAACACCUUACAGACGUCGUGGUAUAACGCCGGAGAUUAUUGCAGAAAUAUGGAUUCCAUUCUUCUUGACAUUCCAGAUUUUGAUGUACAAAUAUUUGUUCACAACCUUGUUCAAAGACAAGAGUCUGGGAUCGAGAAUGAUAAUCGCCUCUGGUUGAAUCUUAAAAAAAAUUCAUAUGGUGACUGGAUAUGGGAUUCCAGAAGUAUACAACCUGCGUAUACAAACUGGUUUAAUGACACAAAGAACAUCGGAUUCGAUUGCGCCUACAUCGAUGUAGGUAGAAAUGGUAAAUGGUUCGCGGACAUCCCCUGUACGUCAGCAGUCAGUACCCUGUGUUACAUGGAAGUCGGUUCUGCGAACUGGAAAAAAAAUAUGAUGAAGGAUGAAAACAAAGGAAACAAAACAUUGUCUGAGUGUGGAGAGGAAUGGACAGAUUCCCCAAAUGGCGACUCUUGCUAUCUGCUUCAAAAAGAAAUGUUCACGUGGUCAGUAGCAGAGGAUAAUUGUACCAAAGUCGGCGCUCACCUACUUAGCAUAGAUAACGCCCGAGAACAGGGAUACAUCACUGGUUUUCUACAAUCCUCCACCGAGUACGUCACAGUAUGGAUUGGAGCGAAUUCUCGUGGUGAAGGAAAGGGAUUUAGUUGGAGCGAUGGGUCACCCUUUUCAUUCUACAAUUGGUUUCCCGAGCAACCUGAUGGACAAAUGUCUGGAACGGAAGAAUGUGUUGCAAUGUUUUCAAGGAAUGGAAAAUGGUCAGAUGUGUCAUGUAGUCAAAGACAUUCCUCCAUCUGCGAAAAACGGCGACCAUCAAGAACUAUCGCAACAACAUCCCCUCCAACAAACAAUGGAAGUGGAAAGAUUUGUCCUGAUGGCUGGAAGUCUUAUAAAGAUAAUUGUUUCUUGGUUGAAAGACAGAAAAUGACGUGGAAUGAGGCAAGUCAGUUCUGCAGAAACAACAACGGUUUUCUGGCAUCAGUGGUUGACCAAGCUGAGCAGAACUUCUUGUUUAGUCAACUUCCUUCCGAUUACUGUUUUAAUGUCCACCCAAACGAUACACACUGUUCUGAGAUGGCUGCCGCUGGUAAAUGUACGGAUGAUUUAUUGUAUAUGGUAAAACAGUGCCCAGCCGCCUGCAAGAAAUGCAACAGAAAUUGCACGGACGUUCUUGAUACUGAGAACUGUCAAGCAUAUGCAUCACAAAACGGUUGUGAGAAUAAUCCAGAAUGGAUGGUAAAUCAUUGUGGAAAAACAUGUGGCGCUUGUAAUGCAGUGAUUUAUGGAGGAUUUUGGAUAGGCCUCAGAGAUCUAACUGGUAACACUUUUACGUGGGAAAAUCACGAUGAAGUCUCCUUUAGUCUCUGGAGAGAAGCAGAGCCCCAGGGAUAUAUUAGUAAUCAAGAAGGUUGUACUGCAAUGGCUUAUAGUAAUGGCCUUUGGUUUGAUCGAAAAUGCGACUGGAUUAUGCCGGGUUUGAUUUGCAAAGCUCCAAAGCAGAAAAAGGGAAUAACAUCAUAUCCCGGUUGCAGGGAGAAUUAUGUAAGCUACGCAUCAAUGUGCUACAAAUUCAGUACUGAAGAAGUCACAUGGAGUGAAGCUCAAGCUCGAUGUGAAACACAACAUGGACAUUUAGCUACCGUCAAUAAUCAGUAUGUUCAAGCUUUUUUGUCAAGUCAACUAAUCGGAAAGAAUGGAAACUUUUGGAUAGGAUACAAGGAAACAAAGUCCAAUGAUACCAUAACGAUGUGGAAUAGUGGGCACGUUGUUGACUUCCGAUUUGGUGAUGUUCUUGAUUCAACCUCAUUCGACUUGGCUGAAGGUUGUGCUGCUAUGACUACAACAAUUCCUGCUGGAAUAUGGUCGUUCAAAAACUGUACAACGAAACAGAAUUACGUUUGUGAGAACCUACGGGACGGAUAUACCACUUCUACAGUUCCUACCACAACAACCCCGCCUUUGAUAUGUCCAAGUGAAUGGUUGACCAUCAAUAAUCAUUGCUUUAAGGUAUUUGGAGAUAAUUUAAGCUGGACAAGAGCACGAGCCUACUGUCGAGGAAUCGGGGCGGAUCUAGCUAGUAUUCAUUCUUAUUCAGAAUCUACACAACUUUCAACGAUAACUUAUGGGAUAAGUUCUAAUGAUUUCUGGUUUGGACUCAAUGACAGAGAAAAGGAGAGUGAUUGGCGAUGGUCGGAUGGAACGCCGUCAGAUUAUACAAGAUGGAUGUCGUCCCAACCAGAUAAUUGGCAGGGUAAUGAGAAUUGUGGCACAUACAAACGUUCAAAUAGACGUUUUAAUGAUCGUUUUUGUGCAGUGAGGCUUCCAUUCAUUUGCAAAGUGAAGAAAGGUGGUGUGAUAAAAGACCAGUUUCAACUUCCAACUUUGGAAAAAUGUGACGAUGAGGAUUUCGUACGCUUUAACGGUUCCUGUUAUAAAAUAAAUAAAACGAAAACAAGUUUCCACCAGGCACAGAAAAUCUGUAGACAGAACGAUGCGGAGUUAGCGAGUAUUCACAGCCAGGAAGAAAACAUUUUCCUAUCAGACAUUUCAUGGGAAGUGUUGUGGAUAGGUCUAGUAAGAUCACAGAAUGAUGGAUUUCGAUGGACGGAUGCUACACCAGUGGACUUCACAAGGUGGUCUCCUGGUGAACCAAAUGAUCAUCUGGGAUUGGAAGGUUGUUCUCAUAUUAAAAAAGGUGGAAUGUGGAAUGACAUCAAUUGUGGAACUGAAAUAGCAGGAUUCAUCUGCAAGAAACGAAAAGCUAGCGAUUCUGGAAAGACAUCCUCUGUGGUUAUAAAAGGGGGGUGUCCAUCGCAGUACAUUCCAUCACCAUACAAUAGUAAAUGCUAUAAGUUAGUGACAAAUGCGAAAAGUUGGUCAAACGCAAAAUCUGAUUGCAAAACGACGAAAGGUGGAUCAAUGUUAUCCGUUGGUGACCAAAUAGAACAAGAGUUUGUUACAAGCAUGCUGAAAGACAUAAAACAGUCUAUCUGGAUCGGACUUAGGAAAGUCGGCAGCACAUUCGUGUGGGAAAAUAACCAGGAAGUAAAAUUUACCAACUGGGGUUCUGGAGAACCAUCGGGAUAUUCAUAUGGACAAAGCAGAUAUUGUGCUGUAGUGCAAAGUAAAUUUGGCGUAAAAACAGGAAAAUGGAAAACAACACGUUGUUCGGAUUCUAAAGGCUAUAUCUGUGAAACACUGAAAGAUCCAACCAUUGCGGUAAAUACAACAACGCAGUGCCCCUCUAAUUACAUACAGUAUAAAAGGAGUUGCUACAAGUUCUACAGUGACAUCACUCUUGAUUGGGAUUCAGCUGACCACCACUGCAGGCUUGACAAUGGGACUCUGGCUUCCAUUUCUACAGUUUACGAAUUUGGAUUCAUUCAAGCUAUUGGACUGCAGUUCAAUAUGAAGACCUUUUGGAUUGGGCUAAGAAAAGCAAAUACUUCAGCUCUUUAUCAAUGGAGUAAUGGCUUGUCAUACCUUUAUACGAACUGGAAUAAGUCUGAACCUUCCCAGAAACUAGGGUAUGACUGCGUUCUAUCUCAUGACAACAAAUGGAAGGAUAUGCCUUGUAAAAGCCGUUUGCCCUACCUGUGUGAAAAGAGUCUUGAUAAACUACCUUUGCCACCACCGACGGAGUGUCCCACGACAGCCUACGCAUUCAAUGGAGCCUGUUAUCACGUGGAACUCAAACAAAAGGGAUCCUGGACAGAUGCCCAACAAAUGUGUCAAAAAUAUGGAAUGACUUUGGCCUCUAUUCAUUCGAUUGUUGAAAUAGAGCACCUCCGAGAGUUUGCAGUUCGUGAGGGCGCUACGAGAUCUGUUUGGAUCGGACUCUCACGAAGAAGAUUACCGUCAGAUCCUAUUGGAAAAGUUAACUUUUAUUGGUCGGAUAGAAGCACCGUCGAUUUUACUUACUGGAAUGCUGGCGAACCUAGUGACAGUUUGUUAAGCUCACAUGAAGAGUGCACUGAGAUGUAUGUUGACGGUACUUGGAAUGAUGCUGCUUGUAGUAAAAGUUUAGGAUUUGUCUGUAAAGACGAUAUGUCAAAGAAGAUGGAGGUAACAACCGUUGUGAAUGACGUCACAAACGCCACUACCUCGACAGAUGCUAACACUACUGCAAGUUUCAACCACACCACUCAGUCGUUUUCUUCCACAACUCUGAGAGCAGUGAAAUCACCUUUAGCCAGCAGUACAGAAAAAAAGCCCAAACUUAUUUUCGCUAUUGUUGGUGUGUGCAUUGGACUUCUGAUACUGACUCUCGCUGCAGGGACUAUUGGUUACGCCAUCAAGAAGCGAAAACGUUCAGCGUCAUCUGGAGAGGUGGCAUCACCUGGUUUUGAAAAUGCUAUGUAUCGUAAAGACUCCGGGAUUUUAUCCAUCACCGAUUCUUAAAAAAACAAUUCCAAAUCUUGAACAAUUUUUAUAAAAUUGUAAAUUAUGGGUUUUUUUUUUUUUCGUUCUUCUAGAUACCCUUAUAUUUACGUACGAAAUAUAUCGUAUAAUUAUUAUUUCAAAAUAAUGUCGCUUUAAUGAAACUAAGUACUUAUAUGUCUCAGUCAUUGAUGGUCUUGGGGCAUGUUUUUGUCCUCAUUCUCUGUCCAUAAUGUUAACCUUAGUCGUAACUCUAAAACUAUUGAAUAUCAAUAUCACUGAAUAUGUAAUCAAUAUGAUAACAAUAAAGUGAUGUUGAUAUAUUCCCACAUUUAUGUAGCAACAUUCCAUUAUCACCUGCAUAUGGUGUUUAUAUAUCUCAACUGAUUCGAUAUGCAAGAUCUUGUUCUGGGUAUAGUCAGUUUUUAAAUCGAGGUAAGCUCCUGACAAACAAGUUGAUGGUACAGGGAUUUCAACAGUCUCGAUUGAAGUCAGCAUUUCGCAAAUUCUAUGGUCGUUAUAACGAUCUAGUUCGUCAUUACAACCUCCCAUUGGGUCAAAUGCUGUCUGGCGUGUUUCAUACCGACUGUUAAGCCGUUCUUGGCACACUGAUUUUGACUGCGGAUGGCUCCGUUUACCUGGUCGGGAUAUGGGGCUCACGGCGGGUGUGACCGGUCAACAGGGGGUGCUCACUCCUCCUAGGCACCUGAUCCCACCUUUGGUGUGUCCAGGGGUCCGUGUUUGCCCAACUAUCUAUUUUGUAUUGCUUGUAGGAGUUAUGAGAUUGAUCACUGUUCGUUAUCUUCACCUUACAUUGAAACGAUGUAGCUGACAACGACGUAAGUAAUGAAAUAUGGAUAAAUUAUGAUAUCGAAAAGAGACCGUUAAAACAUUCUCAAUAUCAAUAUGAAUAUUGCAGUAUGAAACAUUCAACCCUUCAACACUUUACACCACCAUUCCUAACGAUGAAUUGAAGACUAGGCUUUUUGGGAUCACAGACAACUACUUUUUCAACUAUACUUCUUCAAUAGAAACUCAGAAAUAUUUAUAUCUUCUGAUUAGUCAACUAAACAAAGCACCUUCAAUAACUCUCUUAAACAUCAUUUUGAUUCUACGCUUACGUAUUCUGAAGUUCAUAUGAGAAAGAUGCUAAGAGUUCUUCAAUGACACCGUCUAAAUAGUCUUUGGAGAUCAGGUCUACCAACGUCUUUUGGAAUUCUCAUGGGAACAAUUUACCUGAUCUGUUGUAUUUGUGUUAUUUUGAGGCAGAAUUUCUUUAAAGGAAUCUACAACAGAAAAAAUAUCUCGCUGUUGCCUUCAACUUUAGGUUCAUCGGCGACGUUUCAUCCAUUGAAAAUAUUUCCUUUCAUGCAUAUGUCCAUUCGAUAUAUUCCGGUAAACUUGAAAUAAAAGAUACUACCCGGUUUUCAAUAUGCGCUUCAUAUUUGGAUACUUGACUGAACAUGGAUGUUGGCGGCGGACUACCGACUCAACUUUGUAACAAACGGGUUGGCUACAGUUUCUCCAUUGUCGGCUUCCCGUGUUUGUGUGGUAGUAUUCCAUUAUAACAUUAUGUUUUUAUGUCUCUCAACUUGGUCAAUUCUUAAUUUUUAAGAUUAAAAGAUUUAUCGCUGAUA